AUGAGUGAACAGGAGAAAGCGUUAGAAGCCAAAAAGGCUGAAAUCCGUGCUCGGAUGGAAAAGGAAAUGAGAGAAAAAAGAAAAGCUGAAAAAGCAGCUUCCAAAGAAAAAAAAGGAAAUGUUAGUGAAUUAAUUUCUGAUAUGAAAAAGAAGGUUGCCAACGAGGUUAGAGAAGAAACAGAAAAAGAAUGGAAAGCAAAAGUUGAAGAGAAAGUUGUUGAGAUUAAUAAUUUAAAAAAUGAAAUAAAAAGACAAGAAGAACAAAAGGUAUCUUUAGAAAAAGAAAACAAUACACAAAAAAAUACUAUUGAACAAAAUUCUAUUAAUAUCACUGAACUAAAGGAAAAACAAAAAGAGUUAAUUGAAAGUAUUGAAAAAAUUAAAAAUGAAAAGGAAGUAUUGAAAGGAAAAGUUGAAGAAUUAGAAAAUGAAAAAAAUGAUAUCAAACAAAAAAAUGAAGAACAAGAAUCAAUUAUUAAAACACUUUCAGAGGAAAAAGAAAAAUUAGAAAAAGAAUAUUUAGAGGAACAAACUAAAAGAAAUAAUGAAGAAGCAAAUAGAAUUAAAGAAAUUGAAGAAUUAAAGAAACAAAUUGAAGAAUUUAAAAAUCUUCAAAAUCAAUUCAAAGAAAAAGAAGAUAGUUGGGAAAAAGAAAAGAAUGAUCUUAUUAUAAAAUUCGAAGAAGACAAAAAAAUAUUUGAAUCUGAAAAAACAAAACAAAUUAUUGAUGAAAUUCAAAAAGAAGCUGAAGAAGAAUUAGAUAAAAGGAUUACAGAAAUAGAAAAGGAAGAAGAAAUUAAAAGAGCUCAAUUUGAAGCUACCAAAACAGAAGAAAUUAAAACAGAAAUGAUGGACAUGUGUAUGAAAAUGUUGGAUGAUAUGGAAGAACAAACAAGAAAUGAAAUUUAUCAAGAAGUUUUAAAUGACAUUAUGUCAAAUGGUUUUGGAGAUAUUUCUGGUUUGAAUGAAUCAGACGAAGUUAAAAGCAGUGAUGACAGCGAUGAAGAUUUAUCUGAAGAGAGUAAACGUAAAAUAGAAGAAGAAUUGGAACGGGAGUUAGAAAGAGAACUUGAACAAGAGCAGCAUAAAAAUGAAGAAAAUAUAACAGUUAACAAAGAAGAACAAACUAAUAUUGAGCAAGAAGAACCAAGAGAACUAAAUAAAAUAAGUGAUAAUGAAAAUACUAAACCUAAUCAAGUUACUAUAAAAGAAUCAGAUAAUGAAGAGGAACAAAAAGAGUUAGAAAGACAAAUCCAACUUCAAUUAGAAAAAGAGUUACAGGCUGAGAUGGAUAAAGAAAAGGAAGAACCUCAAAAAAAAGUUCUUUCUCAAGAAAGUUUAACUACACAACAGGAAGAAAAAUUAAUUGAACAAAACAAUGAUAUACCUAGAAUAACAGAAGGUUCUAUGGAACCAACAAAAGACCAACAAACAAAAAUAUCUGAUUCAAUCAGUAAUUUAGAGUCAGUUGAUUCUUCUAAAGAAAAACCAAUAACUUCGGAAUUACCAACAAAAGAAAGUAAUGAGUCAACAACUUUAGAAAUAAAUAAUGAAAAUAAAAAACCAACUAUAACUCAUAGAAAUAGUCUUAAUAACUUAUCAAAUAUAGAAGAAGAUAAUUUCGAUGAACAAGAAACACAAAAAGAUGGCACUCUUCAACAAAGUAAAGUAAAUAGAGAAGACACUAAGAGAAGAAAAUCUGAUAGUGCUAAUAUUAAAAUUGAAAUGUCAAUACUAGAGUCAGAAGGUGAUUUAAUUCGAACAGGUAUCAGACCAAAUAGAAAGACUGGAAGGCAAGCUCCUACUAAGAAUUUAAUGGAAUUUAGAAACUCUUUACCAACUAGUAAUGAAGAAUCUACUGUUAAAGUAGAAUCUCAUGAAGAAUCAACUGAAGUUAGUAGUGAAGAAUCUUCAGUUAAGAAGAGAACCCCAGUUGGUGCAAGGGGUAUACCAGGAAUGCAAAUGGGAGGUAUCAGAAUGGGAAUUCCAGUUGGAUUUAAUCCUGCUUCUGUUCAAUUAAAAGCCACUGGUGGAAGAAGAAAGUCAUUUUCUCAACAAUUUAAAGAAAAAGUUCAACAACAACCAACAGAACCUCUUGCUAUGGUUCAACAACAAGCAGAACAAAAAGCAGAGCAACAACGUCAUGAACAAACACAAACUUCAAAAAAUGAAAGACUACUCAGAAGAACUGUAAAACAAAAUGAAACAAAAGAACAACCUCCUUCAGAACAACUACCUAAGCAAAACACUUUACCACCUAAACCAGCAGCACCAGCUGCUCUUCCACCAAAACAUCAUCAAAGCCUUAACUCUAAGACAAACUCACAAACACAACACCAAACAACACCAGCCACACCAAUGGAACAACCACCAAUACCACCAAAACCAGCUCAUCUAACAAGUAAAGAAGAAAAGAAGAAAAAGAAAGAAGAAAAGAAAAAAGAAAAAGAAAAGAAAAAAUCUAAAAAAUAA